CGCGGCUAAGCGAGUUGGGCGAAGAAGUUCUGGAAAAACCCUAAGCCCUAAACCCUAAGCCCUAACGGAGCCGCCAGGCAGCGGAUGCAGGCCGUGACAAUACGGGAUUAGUCACCCGCCAAGACUCACGAUCUCCACCUCCCCUGCCAAAUGCGGAGGCUCGGAGCUGCGGGUGGAAGAGUUGGAUUUGGGGGAAGUUCUGGGGAGAGAGAAUGCAUCAUAGAGACCACAGACUCCAGAGCCAUGAUAGAAUAUAUAGCUGGGUGAGGGAUUGAGAUUCUAUAUAGUCAUUCUUUGAUUGUCUGUCCUUACUCCAAUUGCUUUGAUUUUAAAAUGUUGCAGUGGUAUCAUAUUCAACUGGCAAGGCGGCCGCUGAUUACCCAGAGCAUUGGGAGCGCUAUCCUCUUCGGUGCUGGAGAUGUCCUCGCCCAACAGCUGGUAGACAAGGUCGGCCUGGAGCACCACGACUAUGCCCGCACUGCUAGAAUGGCCUUGUAUGGCGGCGCAAUCUUCGGCCCCGGCGCCACGACCUGGUACAAAUUCAUGGAGCGGCACAUCGUCCUGCGCAGUCCUAGACUCACCAUCGCCUCGCGCGUCUGCGGCGACCAACUCCUCUUCGCCCCAACACACAUGUUCCUCUUCCUCUCCUCCAUGUCCAUCAUGGAAGGUAACGAUCCGCUUGAGAAGUUGAAAAACAGCUACUGGUCCGGUUACAAGGCGAACCUGAUGAUCUGGCCGUGGGUGCAGGCGGUCAAUUUCACACUGGUACCGCUGCAGCAUCGUGUGCUGGUGGUCAAUCUUGUUAGUUUGGGUUGGAACUGUGUCCUGAGCGUCAUCAAUAGCCGGAAAUAGAUUUUUAUACUUCAUUUUUAGAUUCUAAUGGGGAGGUUAUUCAUCUUCAGUCUUAUUUGGUUGCAUCUCUCACUUGGGCUGAGACAGUUUUGUUCUCCCCGUUCAAUAUCUAUGGGCUGGCUUUGCUAGGAGGAAGUUAUGAAUUUAUCUAUAGAUUUGCUAUUGCACAGGCGUCAAUAUUUUGCUGUUUGUCUGGAUCUAACUAUGUACCGUAUUUGUCGAUUCUUGUUUAACUGCUCUACAUAUAUGUACUUGCCUCCUGAGAACAUUUCUAGAGACUUGGAGAGGGCGAUAGCAUUAAAUCCUUUAGUUCAUCUCAAUAAAAUUGAUUGAUUAACCUUCUCAG